AUGCCCGGAGUUUGUUCGCGUUGCCUGCGCGAGGUUUACUUCGCCGAGGAGAAAUUGGCCCUGGGAAAAGUUUGGCAUACAUUUUGCUUUUCAUGCCGUAAUUGUCGAAAAUUGUUGGACAGUUGGACAGUGGAAACUCACUCCGGCGAGCUGUUCUGCCGAAAUUGUUACAACCGCCUUUUUUCGACAGCUUCCGUCAGGCCAUCUUUACCGCUGUCGACAAGCCCUUUCGUUCCGUUAACCGAUAAGAAAAAUUCCUCUGUUUUCCCCUGCGAAUCAUUGUCCGAUUGCUGUUGCUGCUCUUACUGCAGCAAGGAAAAGUGCAUUUCCGAUAACAAUUCGGAACGAAUCGUAGAAAUAUCGAAUUGCCAGUCGGAAAAUAAUCGACUCCGGGGUGGUGGUGGUUGCGAGGAAGAUCUCGAAACCGAAAGGGGUUUGAAUCUAGAGGGCGACGACGCAGCCGAUCCUCGUGAAAGGGACAUCGAACAGCUGGAUCUUCGGAGCUCUCCAACGACUAUUUGCGAUCGAGUCUACAGCCCCACUGCGGUUACUGCAUGGUACAACAAGCAUCAGUCGGCAUCUCAGAGUAUGUUCAGUCGUCCUUCUUCGGCGACGCAAAAUCUCAUACGUCCUUCGAGCACUCCAGUCUUCGGGGAAGCUUUCGAGACCUGCAACACUUGGAAUUCCCGUGGCAUCGCUAGUGGAAGACCAGGCAGCCCCUGUCGAGUAGCCCUCAAACAUUGCGAGCACUCAAAGCAAUGUCACCGUCAUCGCUGUCACGAAAUUCGAAGAUCCGAUAGAGACGCGCGUAUUCAAGACCGGAAGAGUAGCAUCGAAGCCUGUCGUGGGAGAAAUUUCGUGGAAAAUUAUCAAAAGCAUUUGAGAGUCAGAAACCAAAUCGCUACUCAGCUUCUUGCAGUAAUUCGAAGCCAGGUUCGUCUACGUCCAUUGACGAGGAAGAUCCAAGAUUUAGUGACGAUCGGGAAGAACACAAUCAUCAUUGAUUCCUCAAGGAGAAAGUUUCUGCAAGCAGCUCAACCACCGAGCGGUACGCCACGAGCAUCAAGGAAAAAAAUAUCUUUCCUUUUUCCUGGAAGAGUGCGCUCCGGGAGCCCAACCCCGGGGAAGACUGUUGACAAAAGUCCCAUCGAUGUUACAAGCUUCAAACGCCCCGGCGAAGAUUUCGAUGUCAUAAGUAGCAUGGACAAGACUGAGGGAAUGGAAGAUUCUGAUGAGAGUGAUGUUUGCGAAGGAAACAACAGAAUGCGCGGUGGUUGCGGCGGCUGCGGUGGUGGUGGAGCUUCCUCGGGCUGUGGAAGUGGGGCUGGAGCUUUGCUAGGAGGUGGAAGCGGCGGUGGCUGUUGCUGCGGCGGUGGAGGUUGCGGAGGCGGCGGUGCUGGUAACGCGAACAGCGUCGGUGAAGGUGAAGCUUACGAAAACGGUGGUGCAGGUUACAAAAAUGUCGGUGGAGGUUGCGAAAACGUUGGCGGAGGCUGUGGAUGCGGUGGUGGCGGAGGCGUGAAAAGCGGCUACGCUAGCUCGGGAAUAUCGAGACGUUUUCGCGACGCUGGUUCGGAGGAGCCCGCGAAUCGCUAUGCGAGAUCCGGAGGAUGCAGCGAUGGGAAUUCCAACGGAGCGUCGGGUCCUUGCGCCUCGAAAUUCGGAGGAAAUUCUCUGUCAUCAGGAUACUUGACUUGCCCGCCGCGUAUGCCAGACCGUUGCUCCCCGGAGUCUUCGGGGUUUUCAAGCUGCACCGCGGAUGCGUGUUCAUCGCCCUGCGCUGCUAAAAAGGAUUGCUGCUUACCUCCUGGAACUAGACCGAAACCCCAUAGAAAAUUUGUGCGAUGCAACGCCCCUUGCACCGGCAACGCCCAGGGCUGCGGGGGUGGUGGAAAUUGUGGUGGCGGAUGUCGCGGUGGUUGCGGCAACCCCGGUCAAACGUGCUUACCCUUGAGAGCAUGCUCUAUUCCACCGUGUCAGCCUCACACGGGAGGAAGUGGAAGAUCACCGUGCAUGCCACCGAGAAUCCACUCACCGCCACCCUGUUGCCGAAUGCCCAAUAUUAUUGGGACCGUGGGUGGCGUUUUUAGGAGCGGCGGUGGCGGCGGUGGCUCGGGUUACGGCGGGACCAGAAGCUCCGGAGGCCGGACGGGCGGCGGUGGUGGUGGUGGUGGUGGUGGUGGCGGCGGUGGUGGUUCUGUUUGUACACCCGCAAUCGGCUGUCAGCAGGAUAAUGACUCUCCUUUUGAUGCUUGUCUUCAACCAAAAGUGCCAACCGGUUGCGAAUGUCUCGGCGGAGGCCUGGACUGUCAACGCUGCGGACGAAAAGUUUAUCACGCUGAAAUGAUGAUCAUUUCCGGGGUGCCUUAUCACCACAUAUGCUUUAGCUGUUACUGCUGUCGCAAACCCCUUGAAACCUUGACAUACCACGAAAAUUGCGGUGAAAUUUAUUGCAAGCAAUGUUACGUACGAAAUUUCGGGCCCCAAGGAUACGGCUACGCCGGUGUACUACAAACGCCGAUGUGAAUUCGAGCCUCGCCUCCAUCCGAGCCGAUGAAGUUUAUUUCUCAGUUAGACGAGCGGUUCGAAACCGUCGAUACGCUACGACGAAUAACUUGGACUCAUAUUUUUAACUAAAAUAAUCACAAAAUUUUUAAUACUUUCAUACAUUUUGCUUUCACGUUUGAUGAGGUAUUUUACAUUUUUAAUAAAUAUUCGUAAAA